AUGGCUGCCCGACGACUUCACGGCGCGCCACAUCAUCCUCGGAGAGCUGCACAAGCACGUUCAGAUGUCCUACAACCACCACGAGACCACCAAGUCCCUCAUGGACGCGCUCUCGGCCUUCUUCAACCGACCUUCCAUGGCCAAGCGGAUGGCCAAGCAGAUGUCAUAUGCGUGACCAAUUUUGUAUUUCCGCUAUAA